AUGUGCAUAUGUGGAGAAACUUGGCAGAAUCCUCCUUCGCUUCACAUCAAAGCAGCCGUUCAUAUACCAGAUGAUGGUUGCGUGCUUUUCAGAUUGCGUCACGUAUUUCUGACUAAUCCAUUCACAAUGGCGAAAAUCUCAGCACAACGAGCAGGCUCCACGAGCCAUGUAUGGGGAUACGUGAUCGUGUUAUUUGCAGCGCUGGCGUUUAUUUCCUCCAUGUACGUUAUGGUCUUCUCCAAGCUAAUGCUACUGCUCCCACUACCUACCACCGAGAUAGCACAACAAGCCAAUAUGAAUAUAAGUCUGAUAUCGUCUGUGGAACGAGACGUAUAUUACUGCUACCUAGUACCGCUCACAAUUCCCGUGACCAUUGUGGCCUGCUACGCAAAUUGGUAG